UUGCAGAAAAUGAUAAGAGUUUGUCUGUAAUUCUUAAUAAUGCUUUGGAUAAACGAGAGAAAAUCCCUUUUAUGGCUGUCGAUUUUGAGGAUAGAAAAAAAGCCCUCCAAGCUAUUCAAGAUAAAAAUUUUGAAACUGCCUCAGAUGAUAUGUUUUCAUUCCAUC